ACAUCAGUAAAUAUUCCAACUUUAGUUUUGAAGGGUGUAAUAAACAAAAUUUAAAUCUUAAGUUUCGGAUCCGGGUCAGAGGUUAUCGGAUCGGGUUCCGUAUAUUUCGGGUUAUCGGGUCCAGCAAGGCUCCUUUUCAACAUUGGUUCAUCGUCUUGUUCGCCCGCGAGUUUUCGAGUUCGUUGGCCGCGAUGAAGGACCCUUUCGAAGCGGCGGCGGAGGAGCAGGAGUCGCCACCGGAGUCCCCGAUCCCGCCGGAAGACGAGGCUCCUUUCGCUGCUGAUGCCGAUGAGGAGGACCUCGAUGCGCGUUCACAGCCUGGUGGGCCAUCCGCGCCUCCGUCGUCCAAUGGCGCCGGCGUUGGAGGAGGACGCGGAAAAGAGGAAGACGACGAGGAUGAGGAUGAUAAUAUGGACGUAGAGCUCGGCAAGUUCCCCCCAGGCGGAGACCCUGACAAGAUGGCCAAGAUGCAGGCGAUCCUGUCGCAGUUCACAGAGGAGCAAAUGAGUCGCUAUGAGUCAUUCAGGAGGUCUGGAUUUCAGAAGUCCACCAUGAAAAGGAUAUUAGCAGGCAUCACAGGAAGUCAAAAAAUUUCAAUACCCAUGACAAUUGUUGUUUCAGGAAUAGCAAAAAUGUUUGUCGGGGAGCUGAUCGAGACAGCUCGCAUGGUAAUGACAGAAAGGAAAGAUUGUGGGCCCAUUAGGCCAUGCCAUAUUCGUGAAGCAUAUAGGAGAUUGAGACUUGAAGGGAAAAUUCCAAAGCGAUCAGUACCCAGGCUUUUUGUUUAGGUUUCAAACCUGACCAUCAGGUGCUCCUGGUUAUCUAUACCUCUAAUGGUCACUUUUCUUGUGGGAGUUGAGACUGGAUAUGCAAUUGAACUUACAGGGUAUGGACGUGGAAUCCUCUAUGCACAGCCUAUGCUAGAAUAACUGACCAAGAAGUAAAGUUCGUCACCUCUAUUCAGCUAAUAUCAAUCCUGAGAACUUAAGCACUAUGCAUAACCUAUGAACAAAACAAUUAGAAGUUUACCUUUUGGAGUUUUUCCAUUGUAAUCCAUUCAAAGAUGAAUCUCUGGUUUUCUUGCAUGCUAUUGAAGGGAUGUUUAACAGUCA